AUGGGCAAACCUGACGGACCUAUCAAGCUGGAGGAGGGCUGGGCAAUGAUGGAGGUGGACACCAACAUAUACAACAUGUGCACCCAGAAGCUCCCAUAUGAUCACUCCGAGCAGCUCUAUGCAAGGUAUCGCACGUCCCUGCAAAACUACAUUGAAGAGUGCGUGGUUCCCUCCCUCAAGGACCUCAAGGGCGUGAGCCUGCUGCGAACACUGUGCAGGCGGUGGCAGAACCACACGCUCAUGGUCCGCUGGAUGUCCCGCAUUUUUUCCUACUUGGACAGAUACUAUGUCCAGCGGCACAAUCUGAAUUCCAUGAACGAAGUGGGUCUCCUCGUCUGGAAAGAGGUGGUGCACGAAGUGAUUAAGAGCCGCGUGACGGACGCCAUCCUGGAGCUGGUGGAGCGGGAGCGAGACGGCGAGGCCGUGGACUGCCCCCUGCUGAAGAACAGCCUGGCCACCUACCAGGAGGUGGGCAUGGGGCUGCUGGAUGCCUACGAGAAAGACUUUGAGGCGGCACUGCUGCAGACCACCGCCAAGUACUACAAGAGGAAGAGCGCCGGGUGGCUGGAGACAUAUUCCACGCCCGAGUUCCUUUCGAUGGCAGAGGCGUGCCUGAAGGCGGAAGAGAACAGGGUGGAUGCCUACCUCCACGUCUCCACCCGCACCAAGCUCCUCAGCACCACGGAGACAGAGCUGCUCAAGGAGCACAGCUUGAGCCUCCUGGAGAAGGAAGGAUCUGGCUGUGCUGCCCUGUUGCGCGAUGGCAAGAAGGAGGACCUGGCUCGCAUGUUCCGGCUCUUUGGUCGCAUCCCCAAGGGCCUGGAGCCCAUGGCCGCGAUUUUCAAAGAUUUCGUGGAAUCUGAAGGCAUGUCGCAUGUGCGAGCGGCAACAGAGGCAGCUGUGUCCAAGCAGGCCAAGGAAAAGGAUGCAGGCAAAGCUGGCAAGGACGGCGCCGCCGCGCCAGAGCACCAGUUCAUCCGCGUCGCGAUAGACCUUCAUGACACCUACUCUGACUACGUGGUAUCAUACUUUGGCAGUGCAUCGCUCUUCCACAAGGCCUUGAAGGAGGCGUUUGAGACGUUUUGCAACAAGCAGAUUGGGAGGGCCACGGUCGCCGAAGCCAUGGCAUCCUUCUGCGAUUCCCUGCUCCGCAAGGGGUCGACCUCCGAGAAGCUGACUGAUGACGAGGUGGAGAGUCUGCUGGACAGAGUCGUCAAGCUACUGGCGUAUGUCUCUGACAAGGACCUCUUUGCCGAGUUCUACAGGACCAAGCUCAGCAAGCGGCUACUGGGAACCCACAUGGCGUCCGAGGAGCUCGAAAAGGGGGUGCUGAUCCGCCUGAAGCAGCAGUGUGGGACCCAGUUCACUUCCAGGAUGGAGGGCAUGGUGCACGACCUCGCGCACGCCAAGGACAAGAUGGAGGAGUUUGUGAGGUGGCAGAAGAAGAGGGGCGUCACUCUGCCCGUCGAACUGAACGCCACCGUCCUGACUGUUGGCUUCUGGCCGACCUUCAAGAAAAUCGAGCCCACCCUGCCUGAGGAGAUGCUGAUGGCCAUGAACCAGUUCACCCAGUUCCACGAGGCCAUCAACAAUGGCUCCCGGCGCCUGACGUGGCAUCACACCCAUGGCAACGUCCUGGUCCGCGCGACGUAUGACAAGACGUAUGAGCUGGUGGUGACACCCACCCAGGCGACCAUCCUUGCCCUGUUCAAUGACGCGACGUCGCUCAAGUACGUUGAGAUCCAGGAGGCCACCAACAUAGAUUCUGACGACCUUGAGCGGACGCUGGCCUCGCUUGUCUUUGCCAAGCACAAGCUGCUGAGCAAGGAGCCGAUGGGCCGGACGAUCAACAGCACAGACACCUUUGCCUACAACGCGGGUUUCAAGGAUCGGAUGCGGCGUAUCAGGGUGGCCCUGCCGCCGCUGGAGGACCGGCGCAAGGUGAAGGAGGACGUGGGCAAGGACCGGGUGCACAUCAUCCAAGCCACCAUCGUGCGCAUCAUGAAGAGCCGGAGGGUGAUGAAGCACCAGGAGCUGCUGGUCGAGGUGGUGGGCCAGACCCAGAAGAUGUUUGCAGCAGAUGUCAAGCUGGUAAAGAAGCAGAUUGAGUCGCUGAUCGAGCGCGAGUUCCUCGAGCGGGAUGAGAAAGACACUGCCAUGUACAAGUAUGUGGCGUGA